UUUUUUUUUAGCACCUGGUCCAAUCGAUCAAUUAACUUUUUCAUAUGUUACAUUUACUUCAUUACAAAUUGAUUGGCAAGCACCAAAAAUUUUAAAUGGUAUUCUUCGUUCAUAUGAUUUAACAUAUGAUAAUCGUUUAUCAUUUUCAACAUUAAUAAAUACAUCAUCAACUCGUGUUAAAACUAUAAAACAACUUUUAUCUCCAAAUAUAACAACAUUAUAUAUUAAUGAAUUAGAUCCAUAUCAAUAUUAUGAAUUUUCAUUAUGUGCUUGUACAAUACAAUGUGGUCCAUGUAUAUAUAAAUCAAUUCAAGCAGGUCCACAAAAAACUUCACCAUUACCACCAUAUGAUUUAUUUAUAAAUAAACAUAAUGAAUUAAUAUGGAAAUCAUCAAUAAAAUCUGAAUAUUAUCUUAUUGAAUUAUCAAAUGAUUAUGGUCAUACAUGGAAAUUUAUUGAUCAAACAUUAAAAUCUCCUUAUUAUUUAAAUUUAAAUAGAUUUCAAUUAAAUAAUAAUUCAAUUGAAUUUUAUUUUCGUAUUUAUUCAAUUAAUCGUAUUGGUAUAAGUGAACCAAGUCAAAUAUAUAAAUAUAAUUUUACAACAUUAUUAUUAUCAUCAUCAUCAUUAAUAUAUCCAUUUAAAUUUAUAUCAAAUAUAUAUACAUUUAUACGUACAAAUCAUUUGGUUUUUUAUAUUAUACUUAUAUUAAUAAUAAUUCUUAUAUUUAUGUUUAUAUGUGUAAUAAUAACAUGUUGUUGUUGUUAUCGUAUUAAAUUAAAUAAAACAAAAUUAUUACAAUCAACAAAUACAUUAUCAUCAAAUUUAAAUAUAACAGAAUCAAAACAAAGUUUAUAUACAACAUCAUCAUUAUUAACACCAAUAAAAAGAGAAUUAACAAUGCAACGUAAUCGUGAUAGUUUAGCAUUAAGUGAUUUAUUAUAUAAUAAUUUUUCAAGUCGUUCACCACCACGUCCAAUACCAACACCAAUUGUUUAUGAUGAUUUAACAAGUACAAAAAGUUUAUUAACUAAUAAUAAUAAUAAUAAUAAUACAACGAAUUAUUCAAUAGAAGAACAUCAACAAUCAACAACGGAUUAUUCAUGGUAUCAUUCAUUACCACAACAAUUAUAUACAUAUAUGACAAAUAAUCAUUUAACAAAUCGAAUUAUUGAAGAAACUGAAAAUGAUGAAACAGAUUUAACAGUUACAUUUAAUGGUGCAAUUUUAAUGAAUAAUGUACCACGAUCAAGAGCAGCUGUUAAUGGAUGUUCAUCAUUUGCACUUUAA